GGUCGUGACAUCGUUGCGUUUUCGAGUUUUCAUCUUUGGGAAAUGAAUGAAUAUUGAUGCUUGAUAGCCUUGUAGUGCCUAAUAAGUCAAACGAUGCCUUGAAAAAUGAUACAGAUAAUAGGGAUUCAAUUUUUCGCGACUACUACUCGAAUCGCCAAAGAAGCUUUUCCAAUUGCAGGUUGAGGGAUUUUUCCAAUAUUUCGGAAACUUUGAAGUUUGUAGAGCAUUUGGAUUUAUCUCGAAACUUCAUCACAAAUAUUCCGAGUGGAAUCGAACAAUACAGAUUGCUUACAACUUUGGAUUUAAGCUUCAACAAAAUUUUUUCUGUCCCGAAUUCGCUAUGCAAACUACCGAGCCUUCGGAUUUUGUUAAUGUCUAACAACUAUUUGUCUUCUCUUCCUGCAAAUAUUUGUGAACUUCAAAACUUGCAAGAGCUGGAUUUGUCGUUCAACAGGUUUAAAUGCUUUCCUUCUUCGAUUUGCUCACUUCGCAGUUUAAAAGUUUUACUAUUAGGAUGUAACCUGAUUGAAACACUUCCAGAAGACAUAGUUGGUCUUCGUUGUUUGAAGAUUUUGGACUUGCAUUCAAACGGAGUAAAGCAACUACCUUUGAGCAUUAGAUUUAUGUGGUGUUUAGAGAGGUUAUCUCUAGAGGAAAAUCCCCUAUCCCCUCCCCUUUUAACAAUUGUUGCUCGUGGGAUCCCAUACAUAUUUGCAUUUUUAAAUCAACAAGCUUUAUGCAAUUCUAAUAAUACGAGUUGCGAAAAAUUCCAUGAUUCGUUAACUCAAUCGUCUUCUGCUCAUGUAACAAAUACUUCAAAUCAAAUGAAUACGAUGAAAAUUUCUGAAAAUCAGGAUGUGAAUUCAGACUCUUCUAGUCCAUGUUUUGAGAAAACUCAGGUAAAUACGGAUUCUGACCAAAGAUACAUAUCGAAUUCUGAAAUUACCAAUCCUUCGUUGACAAUUCAAAACUUUACUUAUUCAACACCAAAUAACAAGAAUGAACAAUUAGACAAACCAAAUGCUAAACUACACUCAAAUGACUAUAAUUGUAUUGAGAAUUUUAGUCAUAAUGUAUCAACACAAUCUUGUAUAAAUGAAACAUUGAAAUCUGGAUCGUCAUUUAGUUCUUUAUCAACUGAUGAUAAUGAAUCACUAACAAUGAAUAUGUAUUCAUCGGCUUAUGAGAAUGUUAUUCUUGAUAAGAAUGAAAAUGAAGUUUUCUAUUUAACAUCAAAUAUUUCACAACAAUUGACACAAACUAUCAAUAACUCCCAUGUUAAACAACCUAUCUCUCCCGGCAAUGACAAUACAAAGAAGGCAAUAGUACCAACGGUUCUGAAUAAAGAUGAUUCAGCAGUAGAGUCUUCAGUAGUACAAACAGUUAGCAGUUAUAUCAUUAGAAAUGAAACACCAUGUAAUAUUUGUGAGCCAACUAAAAAUGGUCAGAUUGAAGAUUGUCCAACAAAUAAUUCUUCUUUUAAAUACGAUCGACGUGAUAAAGGUGGUCCCAUUUCUAGUUAUAAUCGGUUACGUUAUUCUAAACGUCAGCAGAUAGAACAUGAUAGAAAUGUUCAUAGUAGUUCUGGUUAUAUAACACCAGAUUCAUAUUUAUCAGAAAAUUGUAAUAGAUCUCAAACAAAUGGAUAUGAUUGUCAAAAUUUUAAUCAAUACCAUAGUGAUAAAAAGUUGAUGAAUCAAAGAAAUCAUACACAACUAUUAUAUCAUCCUCAUAAAAAUAGUUUAUAUAAUGAAGAUAUAUCUAAUAAAAUAACACGUGUUGGUGUUGCUUUGUGUAUGCCUUCAGAAUGUACUUUAAAAUUACCUAAAAACUUUCAAACUUCAUAUAAUUAUCAACCACAAACCAAUACACAUUGUCAAGAUUCAAGUAUAACAUUAUCUACUGAUUAUUUAAGUGAAGAUAUCAGUAGAAAAAGUGAAAUUCGCAAUAUAGAUACAUCGAAGUAUAUGAAAAUGAAUUCACAUAAGGAUACUGUUAAAUGGGAGGAAUUAAAUUCUGAUGAUUUAAUAAGAAUUAAUCAAUUAAGAACAAUAAUCGAUAAAGAAUUAAAUAUUCGUCUACCAAUUAAUCCAAAACACUUAAUUAUUGAAUUAAGUACUGGUGUUAUUUUAAUUCAGUUAUUGAAUAAAUUUAUCGGGACAACAUCAACUAUCAAAAUCUGUUUACCUAGAAAUGAUCAGCAUCAUAAUAUGUUAAAUGAAGUAGUCAAAUCUUAUCGUCGAAAUUUAAGACGUUGUCGUGAAUCAAUAUAUCGUUAUGGUGUACCUAAAAUAAGACUAAGAAGAAAAAACAGAAAUUAUCUGUAAAUGAACGUAUUUUCUUAUUUGUUUUUUUUGCUUUCUUUAUGAAAAAGGAAUAUCUAUUUUCCACUGAAUCCAUUGUAAAUCCUCAAAAUGCUGAUGGUUUAUUAUCGUUGGCUAAUUCCAUUUCUAUUUUAUACAAGUUACACAAUAAUAAUAAUAAUAAUAAUAAU